AUGUCAGUCACUGAAUUAGCUCAUAAAUCUCACACUGAUCCAAGCCAGUUUAGAAUAUCCUACGAGGAUGCUGUUCAGGUCCUCGGCCCUGACCCUUCGAUUCCAAAGGAUGACACCUUACCUACAUUGUACUCGAAAUCAGAGAUUGCAAUCAUUGGAGGAGGAUUUAGUGGGAUGGUAGCAGCGUUAACGUGUAACAAAAUGAAUACAAAACAAUCCCGAGAUUUUGUUAUAUUUGAUAAGCAUGCCAAUUUUGGGGGUACUUGGUUUGCCAAUACAUAUCCAGGAUGUGCAUCUGAUAUUCCAGCAUUAUGGUAUUCGUUCUCACAAGAAUUGAAUAACAAUUGGAGCGAAUUAAGGCCUCCCCAAUAUGAAAUGGAAGAGUAUAUGCUACAAGUUGCCCAGAAGCAUGGGUUAGAAAGACACUCACACUUCAGGACUGUUAUUACAAGGGCUGUAUACAGCGACGAGAAUUCAAACUGGACAGUGACAGCACGAAAUUUGGCAACCGGUCAAAGAAUUGUUCAUACUAGUAAGAUUUUGAUUAGUGGCCAAGGGCAAUUGGUUACACCAAAUCAAUUGAAGGCAAAAGGUUUGGAAAAUUUCAAAGGGGUCUACAUGCAUUCUGCCAUUUGGAAUCAUGAGGUUUCUUUCAAAAAUAAAAAAGUUGUUGUUGUUGGAAAUGGCUGUUCUGCUGCACAAGUUGUGCCAGAAUUAUUAAGAAAAUAUGAAGUUGAAAGUAUUCAUCAGAUUGCCCGGACUAAACACUACAUCAUGCCUCCACUUCCACCUAUAACAUAUCUGCUAUACCAGUUGGCCUCAUACUCCCGGUACACUUUGUAUCUUAUGAGAUUAAUUGUGGCAUCGGUUGCAGAAUGUAGAUGGCCUCUCUAUAAAGGUGAUGGAAUUCUCGCUAGAAUGGUUCGUUGGGUUAAUACAAGAAAGUCGGUCAAUUAUAUGAAGACAGCACCAGAAAAAUACCAUCAUUUACUUAUUCCUGAUUACAAGGUUGGUUGCAAAAGAUUGAUUUUUGAUUAUAGAUAUAUUCCUAGCUUACACGAUCCCAGAAUGCAUUUAACGGGGCAUGAAAUUGACCACAUAACUGAAAAUUCUGUUGUGUUAUCUGAUGGUACGGAAUUAGAGGCAGACAUAAUCGUUGCCUGCACUGGUUAUAACAUCAAUAAGAGUCUCAGCACAUUCGAACUUAUUGGACGUAACGGAGUCGAUGCCAGAAAGGUUUGGAACGACGACGGUAUUACCGCCUAUAAAACUGUUAUGAUUAGAGACUGUCCCAACUUUUUUCUAAUUGCCGGUCCCAACUGUGCCACUGGACACUCUUCUGUCGAAUUGGCCUGCGAGAAUUGUGCUGCCUACUUUGAAAGAAUUGCCCCAAAAAUCUUAUCUGGUGCCUACAAAUCUGUUUGCGUUAAAACAAAAGCGUACUACAAUUGGUUUAACGAAAUCCAAGGUGAAUUGAAAAAUGCGGUCUUCGGUACUCCAUUUGGAGGAUGCUAUUCAUGGUACGCUAGUGACUCAUACAAUCCAACGACUUAUCCCUACUCCCAAAUUUUUUACUGGUGGGACAUGAGACAUCCAAAAUGGGACGAUUUUGAUGUGGAAACCGAUCCUAACUACUUGUCGCAAGAUUCCAAACUCAAGCAAUCCUAG